AUGGCCAUCACCGAGUUUCAAGAGCGAGUCUACACGUCCCUCCUCGCCAUCCCAAGGGGCAAAGUAUGCUCUUACGCCACGCUCGCAAAGUCCCUCUCGACGUCUCCCCGUGCCGUGGGCGGCGCUCUACGAAACAACCCUUACGCCCCCGAGGUUCCAUGCCACAGGGUCAUCGCGAGCGACGGCUACGUUGGUGGGUUUAUGGGUGACUGGCAAAAGGCACCUAGCUCAAUCAAUCAAACCAAGAAACUUGACCUCCUGGCCGAAGAGGGCGUGUACUUUGACGGACAGGGGAGACUUGUCGUUAUUACCUCGACUUCGACAUCCGCCACCACCACCACAUCAUCAUUCAAAUCCACACCCAGACCGCAAACUCGCACUUUGACAAAGACAAAGACAAAGACACAGCAGCAAAAACACGCCUCGACAUUGCUUGACCAGGCAGACGGAAAUGGGAAUGGAAACCACAAUGACGAUAACAGUGACAACGAUCCGUGGUUCAAUGGACCAUGGGAUCUCGAAGCCGCAAAGACAAAAUUGGUAGAAAUCAUGACGACAAAACGAGAAAGAAAAGAUGACUUUUGA